AUGGAUGGGAACAAAGAUGAAGCUCUGAAAUGUUUGGAGAUUGCCAAGCAUUCACUCCAAUCAGGCGAUAAAAUCCGUGCCCUUAAGUUCCUCAGGAAGGCCCGGCGUUUGUUCCCUUCAAUCGAAAUCGACGAUCAGCUUUCCGAGCUCGAUUCUUCAGGGCCCGCGGAAGCUACUGAUGAGAGCGCCUCGAAACCAUUCGCCCCACUUGACAGCGGGCCUCGCCGUAGGACUUCGGCAAAUGGGCCGGCGGCAUCUUCAUCUUCGUCGUCAGCGGCGUAUACUGAAGAGCAGGUUACAAUUGUGAGGGAAAUCAAGAGGAAAAAGGACUAUUAUGAGAUAUUGGGGUUGGAGAAAAGUUGCAGUGUUGAGGAUGUGAAGAAGGCCUACAGGAAAUUGUCCUUGAAGGUUCAUCCUGACAAAAAUAAGGCACCUGGUGCUGAAGAGGUUUUUAAGAUGGUUUCGAAGGCGUUUCAGUGUCUGAGCAACGAGGAAAGUAGGAAAAAGUAUGAUCUUGUUGGGUCUGAUGAGGCUGUUUACGAGACCCAGACUCAGUCUCGUGCGUAUAGGCGUGGAGGUGUUCAGGGAUUUAAUGGGUUUUACUAUGAUGGGGACUUUGAUGCCGAUGAGAUUUUCAGGAAUUUUUUCUACGGAGGUAUGCAUCCAGCUACCACAACGCAGUUUGGUGGGUUUAGCUUUGGUCCUGGUGGAGUGGGGGUGAGAAUGGGUGGUAAUCACGGUUCUAAUGGUGGGAUGCUGAGAACAUUAAUUCAAGUACUGCCUGUCAUUUUGAUAUUGCUGGUGAACUUUUUGCCGUCGCAACAGCCAAUUUAUUCCCUUUCAAGGUCUUACCCUUACGAAUAUAGGAUGACCACGGAGAAGGGGGUAAAUUAUUAUGUCAAAUCCGAAAAGUUCGCUCAGGAGUAUCCACCAAAUAGUAGAGAGCGGGUGGCAUUUGAAAGACAGGUUGAGGGCGACUAUCAUAGAACUCUCUCGCAUUACUGCCGAAUUGAGAUUCAAAACCUUCACUGGGGCUACAAGCGCGAAACACCGAACUGUGAUGCUUUGAAACAGUUUGAGGCAGCAAGGGGUUGAGAGAGCCAAAAACUUGCAGCAAUAGGUAUUAUUUUGUUUGUAUAUUUUUAAGUCUAGUACAGCAUACAUUAUUAAAGUUGUUUUCCUUGUCUUUUGUGUUUUUUAUCCUGCUGAAUUCUACCUGUAUCACAAAAUUAUGUUGUAGCCAAACUGCCCAAACCAACUGUUUCGAUUGGGUGUUGAGUAGCUGGCUUUCUAUGGUCAAUUCAUAUAUUUGAAAGGCAUUCACAUUAUAAGUUAGAUAAUAUCUUCUUUGACAUGAGGAUCUUCUGUCCUCUUGAUAAAAAUGAACAUGCCUAGUACAUUUUUAUCAAGAAAUUUAGAUCUUUUAAGAAAUCAAUCUCAAAAGUGAUGACAAUCUCUGGAAUGGGAUUUGGCAUUUAUUUCAACACAUAUGGACUGAUCAAAGUUAUUCCUGACGAAUUUGAGAUUUGUCUGCAUUUUUGCUAAAACUCAUCAGUUAGUAAAGGUGAUGGAUGAUGCGUACACUGAGUCGGCAUCUGUAAUGGGAGAAGCGUGUUUGUAUUAUUGUUCUAAUGUUUAAAGCUAUCAAAUGCAACCUCUUAAAAUAUAAUAGAGUAUGUGUAGACCCAUUUCUUCAAGUAACCAUUUUUUUGUCUGAAUUUUCAUUUCAUAAAUUUAAGUCAAAUGGAUUAUUGCCACAGAAUCCAUGUUCGUAUUUUGAUGCCUGGUCAUUAAAUGGUGGACCAAAUAGGUGAUUAAAUGAUUCCAUAUUUACUCUUAUUGUGUUCGUAUAUGAGUUGUCUGUUUCACUUUUUCUUGCAUUUUUAUGAGUUGUUAUGAAAGCAUUGCUAUCUACUUGGGAAAAAAAAUGCGUUCCGGUUGUGUAGUAAGAAUAAGCAAUUCUUAUUCAGGAUUAAGAAAGAAAAUUUGUAAGAGAAGCACUCACAGUUGUCCUUUCGUGCAGGUAUUCUGGCACAAUAUAAAGGGGCGCAGUUGGAAUACAAAUCAUACAGAUCGUU